GAAGACCCCGCGCAAGAUCUAACGUCUCACGGGCAGAUCGCCAUACCUGUCAGACUCCCCUUCAAGUUGUUUAGAACUGCCCUGGGGUACAGAGACAUAGACCAAGGAGCUUGCCUUGACGGUCCCAGAAAAUACUCGCUUUCUGUAUUUGUGCUCUACAUCGUCCUACAAUACUUCCCUUGCAGGAAUGGCUUACAUGCCCUCUCAGAGAUAUUUUUAUCGCUGCUUCUCGAAGACUAGCGCAGGAGCUUUGAGAUGCGGUUUAGCCCGCACCGGUCCUCCACUCUCAGAGUCGGAUCUUUUGCUCCACUUCGAGCAACAUAUGAUCUCUGCCUCGAGGAAUCGCACAGCCCUGGUCUCUACCACUGAUCGCCCCAUCGAAGCCAUCCAUCGCGCUUUCGUGAAAUACUACAACCUGAAUGAGCGAGCUGAUGACAUCUGGAUCGCUAUUAUCUCGGUCCCUGUUGGAGAGAACAAAACGCUACCCUGCCAUCGUGCUGAGAAGCUUGCCCUUAAGCUAGGGUACAGACUUGAAGAGAGCAAGAAAUUCAUGCACGAAUACAUAUUUGAAUGGGAAAUUGAGCACCAGUAUGUGAAACACAUGGUUUCUGUCGAGACACUCCUGAAGCGCGGGCUGGAUCUGGAUACCUAUCUCCAAAAUGAUCGCUUGCCCAGCCUUCGAGGAUUCCGAGACUUGAUGAUCGAUAUGAUUGUGGAACCUCCGGCGGACGGGUAUUCUGUUGGAAUAGAACUAGGUCGGAUGGCGCGGUGCUUUGGUGCCAGAGCUCCUGUGGAAAAAAUCGCACAUAGUCUUUUGAGGGAUUGUCCCACAAAUAUCUUUGUCCAUAACGACGGAGAGUACGUGACAUGGAAAAGGAGUGGAGCUGAACCCGUCGACAUCGACUUCGAACAUAUUUACUGGAUACAACAGGGUAUUGACGAGGCCCUUUUUGAUUUAUGGCUUGCAGACAUCGACUUCAUCGAGGAUCGUAUUACCCAUGCAGAGCUGGCCAAUGCCUUGACAUCCGAAAUGGAAAUACUGUGGGAGCUUUACUGGGAGGAUGUUUACUUCGACGCAUGGGACGGGGUUAACUCGGAUUCUGCCGCAGAUAAAGCACAAAAACUGCGGUGCCGGGAGCAGGAAAUCCACAAUCAGAUUGAGCGACACGCCGUAUCCAUAGGGCUGUGAUCGUCCAACCGCG